AACUGUAACACUCGAGUGUCUCGACUAAAGCGCUAGGGCUCACAACGUUCACCGUUCUUCAAUCAGAAACCGAAGAAAGGAUGCUCUCAGGGGACAUACCUCCAAAUCAAACCAUUUACGUUAAGAAUCUCAACGAAAAGGUCAAGAAAGAUGAGUUGAAGAGAUCUCUGUACUGCUUAUUCUCUCAAUAUGGAAGAAUAUUGGACAUCAUUGCUCUAAAGACACCUAAGCUUCGAGGACAGGCAUGGGUUUGUUUUAGUGAAGUAACUGCUGCCAGUAAUGCAGUACGACAGAUGCAAAACUUCCCAUUUUAUGAAAAACCCAUGAGAAUUCAAUAUGCAAAAACAAAGUCAGAUUGUAUUGCUAAAGAAGAGGGAAGUUUUGUUCCAAGGGAAAAGAAAAAGAAACAAGAGGAGAAAGCUGAGAAAAAGAGGUACCCUGAGGAAUCAAAACCAUCUUCCGUGCCAAAUGGAACACAUGGUGCAAGUAAUGGUGGCCCAACAGCCUCAUUCCGUCCAGGGUCUAAUUCCCAAGAAGCAGCUGCUCCUAACAAUAUUUUGUUCAUAGAGAACUUGCCUUACGAAACUACCGGUAGAAUGCUUGAAAUGCUCUUCGAACAAUACCCUGGGUUUAAGGAAGUGCGCUUGAUUGAUGCAAAGCCAGGUAUCGCAUUUGUAGAUUUUGAAGAUGACAUACAAUCAUCCAUGGCAAUGCAGGCUCUUCAAGGCUUCAAAAUCACCCCUCAAAAUCCCAUGGUUAUAAACUUUGCUAAGAAGUAACUAAUUGAUUUUCUGCAAUCAGUAUUUGAAGUAAAUUUUGCACACUGUAUUGGUGUAAUUGCAGAAGUUGUAAGUUUACAGGAAUUUAGAUACAACUAGACAGAAAAUGAGCAAUCUUCCACAUUUCUGGGAAGUUUGAGAUAGUGAUUGGUAUAAUCAUGUCUAUUGGUUGUAUGUGGUUUUAUUUUUUAUUUUCUCUGUAAAACAUGUUCUCCUCUACUCUGUAAACUAGGUUCCAUGAGCUGUUUCAUUUCACCGGCCCUUAAAUUUUCUGUUUUUUAUUUUGGA